GCGAAACAAUACGAGUGAUAAAACCGUGGAGUCGAUGUAAGUAUCGUAACAUGCUUAAAUAUGUGUGGGAGGCUUAGAUUAAUCAACGAAAGAUACAGCGAACCUGGAGUGGGGUGAAUUCAAGCGCUGUUCCACAAGGUCAUGGUAUUUUGUGCAACACAUACAAACGGUCUUGGUUAGGUCGCAGUAAAAUACGAUAAACGAUUCACAGCUCGGAUGAAUGAUGUCAGUAUAACGUCAGAACACGCAGCAGUUAGAUCGCUGACAUACUCGAGUCUAUUACCGCGUUCCAUCUUACCUCAACAUCAACAUUACCUAACUCUGAUCGUUGUAAGUGCGGUAAAUACAGUCAGAAAAUUAAUCAGAGAAGUGCGCAGUCGGUGUUCCUCGAUAGAUGCGUAAUAGACGGUCAAAUAAGUGACGCGAUCAUCAUGAUUGACGCGUGGAUGGUGGCCGUGGCCUUGUUCGCCGUGUGCGUAGCAGCGGUCUUUUAUUACAUAAGAAGCGUGUACAGUUACUUCGAUGGAACCGGAAUCCCGACCCGGCCAUGGUUGGCGUUCACUGGUGCGGUGAAAAUAUUCUUGCAAGGAUCCAACGUCGCCCAACUCUUCCUGGAUAUUUACAAAACCCACCCCACUGCCAAGUACACGGGCUUCUUCGAUCUUCUCACUCCGAUAGUCGUGAUUCGUGAUUUGGACUUGGUGAAGUCUGUCACGGUGAAGAAUUUCGAGCACUUUCAAGACCACAGUACGCAAACGAACCCGUUGGAAGCGUUGUUCAGUAAGAAUCUGUUCUCUCUGCGCGGUGAACGAUGGAAAGAGAUGAGGACCUUACUGAGUCCAGCCUUCACGUCCAGCAAGAUGAAAGCCAUGUAUAAAUUGAUGGACGAGUGUGGGUCACGAUACGGGGACAUUUUGGCUACGGUGUCCGAAGAGGAAAGAUCCAUGGAGUUAAAAGACACGUUCACCAGGUACACGAACGACGUGAUUGCCACCUGCGCGUUUGGGGUGAACGUGGACUCGAUGACCGACCGUAACAACGAUUUCUACGUGUACGGCAGAACAGCCACGAAUUUCAAAAACUGGCAGAUGCUCAAGUUCAUGUUGUUGCGCUGUGCGCCUCAGCUUUGCAGGAUGUUGGGUAUAAAGAUAUUCGACCAGAAGAUCGUAGACUUCUUCUACGAUUUGGUUGCGUCCACUAUUAAAACUAGGGAUGAGCAAGGUAUCGUGCGACCGGACAUGAUACAGUUAAUGAUGGAGACUAGAGGCAAAUUGGGUCCGGGCAAAGAACUGACGAUCGAGGACAUGACCGCGCAAGCGUUUAUCUUCUUCUUCGGCGGGUUCGAAAGCACCUCGACCCUAAUGUGCUUCGCUGCGUAUGAAGUUGGAGUGAAUCCCGAUGUCCAGAAGAGAUUGCAAGAAGAAAUCGACGAGGUACUGGGAAACAGCAAAGGAGAAGUGUCUUAUGAAGCGAUCAACGACAUGAAGUACCUAGACGCUAUUAUACACGAAGCUCUAAGGGUGUAUCCAGCGGCCGUUGGUACAGACAGAAUCUGCACGAAACCUUUCGAGCUGCCGCCAACGCUGCCAGGAGCGAAACCGUAUACGAUCAAGAAGGAUGACAGCAUUUGGAUACCGAUCUACGGGAUACACUACGACCCUCAGUACUUCGAGGAGCCAACGAAGUUUAAUCCGGAUCGGUUCCUCGAUGAUUCGAAGAAGUUUAUAAAUGCCGGAAUGUUGUUGAGUUUCGGCAUGGGUCCGAGAAUGUGCAUCGGGAACAGAUUCGCGUUACUCGAGACCAAGAUCUUGCUGUUCCACGUAUUUGCUCGGUGCAAUCUCGUGCCCAACGAGAAAACACCGAUACCAAUGAAGUUGAAAGGAUUCCAAAUGACGGCAGACGGUGGAUUCUGGUUCGACGUUGUACCGAGGAAAAUAGACAAUUCUGUGUGCAGCGGCGAUGUUACCAAUUAACCCCUACGCUGAGACGUACUCGUAGAUAACAGUUUUUUAUUUUUCUAAUGUAUCAUUUUACGAUCCUAAUAUAUUUAGAACAGUAUCUAGGUAAUAAUUAUAAUUAUUUUAGUGAUUAUGGCAGGAAAAGUGCCGGUACGGUUAGUGUUAAACAUAAAUAUUAACGAUUAAACAUUUUUUGAUUACCAGUAAUCAAAAUAAAUGACUGAAAUUUUAUUUUGGUUACCGAUAACAAUUAGAUAUCGACGAUAAAAGUUUUUUUUAGUUAAUUGCUAACUAAUAUCCAUAAUAAAAAUUGCUUUUUGGUUAUAAAGACUGCAUGAAGUUGUUACUGCUACUAAUACAUCUGAUAAUGGUAACGGAAAUUUAUAUAAACAUAAAUAUUACGAUGUUUUGUUAUCAUUCAUAUAUUAUACACCAAUUAAAGUAUUUUACUUAAUGGUAAAAUGUAUGUUGUGUAAAUAUAAUGUUCACAAUAUCAUUAACGAUGAAUUUUGUACUAC